UCCAUUUUCUGUUUUCUUUUUACACAAGCGUUAUGUAGGAACUCAAGGGCAGCAGUCCGCCAAGUCCUUCUUAUAGCGACCAGCGAAAGUGAACCAGUUUCAUUUUGCCUGUGCGAGGACGGUGUGUUUCUCACAGGCAUACCGCCGUGAAGUUUCGGAAUUGCUGCAAAUACUCUCAGAACCACGACACUUGGACAGCAUGACUUCCGUGCUUCUUUCUUUCUGCAUUAUUGCGGGGAUUUUGCGUCAAGCCGUCGGGGACAGCACGUCACCAAUUUCCGAUGUAAUGUCAACCACACCAGCAACUGACGAAUAUGACGAAGACAUAACAGAUGCCAACGACUUCGUCGACCAAAUCUUGGACCAGGUGAAGACUAACCCCAAGGUUCGUGAGAAGAUAACGCCCGUAGAGAUCGGAACCUUAGAGCAUAGCGGCUUUCGACUGCUCGACGUCAAACUUCAUGGGUUGGAGUCAGUCUACAGGAGCGACAACUGCACUUUUCGUUUCUCCAACACAUCCUUCGACAUUGUUGUACAUCUGGGUGCUCGAGAUCUCGCCGUCGAGUCCGCAUGGGCGAGGACGUUCAUCUACAUCCCAUUCAGUGGUCAUCUAAAUGCAAGAGUGGCAGACUUCGCUAUCCUAAUGGAUAUAAAUAUUGGUCAAAAUAGCACGUCAACUCUUCAGCGAUUGAAAGUAGUCCGCUUGAGCGACAUACAGAUCACAAAGGCAACUGGAGCGUCUGUCGUCUUCAACUGGGCGUUGCGUUACUUGUUGAACUGGGCCGUGAAUGCCAACAAAGGCAAAAUCAUAAAUCUCAUCGAAACAGACGGAGCUAUAGCAAUCAACGAAGGCAUGAAGGGUCUUGGCGAGCACUUCAACGCUUUAAACGAAUUUCGCAAAAGACGGCGUUGAGAAAACGAGCAGGCUUAAGAUAUUGGCGAAACUAGCAACAGCAAUCAAGCAUUCCACCACGCAUCCAGAAACGCAGCAGGUCAACAUUGUCUCAGGUCAUUGUCAACAGUCAUCGUCAACAACAGCAGUCAUUGUAAUUGUCAACAGGUUCUCGGUCCGUCUGCAUGCUGACGACAAAACAAAGCACAGAAAUCAUCUCCGAAUAAUGCGUUUUGUAUGAAGUGUUAUUCCAGUCCACGUUACUAUCAGGUUAUACUUCACGCACAUCUCGUCUUACACCAGUACGGACCAGAUCAUUUUUUUAAUUCCAUGUUAGCGCCGCGAAGCAACUGUGGCUAUGAGCGGCGUACAUACGUGGGCAGACGGAGAGAGGACAGCAGGAAGGAGUGGGGGACAGCGGGGUGGGGUUAGUAUGUGUCCUGGGCCGACUAGGGCCGACUUCAAGGGGAACUGUACAGACUUUCGUGGACCAUAUCUGAUCGCCAUAAGUAUCCCUUCAACCAAAGGUGAUUCACAUGUCAGAGCAAAGAAGAAGAGGAAGAAGAGUGGGAAAGGAGAGGGGAAAUAAGGUUGUCAUUUGGAAAAGUGGCUCCAACGCUCGGCCAAACCACCUAUCGUUUCACAUUUCUGCCCCAUUGGGACAUCAUGACGCUGCUUCGCGGUGUGCAACUUUCAAAGACCACUUAUGGUUAAACGAAAUGGGCACGAUGACUUACCGUUAAGCGCCGACGACGGAGUCUAGAUGUAUUGAAGUUGCUCACGAAUCAUGCAAAUAUGCUAUACGGCUUAACGGCUCGCAUAUAUAGAUAUCUAAGAACAAAGUAAAGUAUAUGCAUUCAGUAAUACUUUGUUGCCCACGUGGUGUCUCGCAAUCAAGCAACGGACUUCGAUUUUUUUUGUGGUUGGAAAAACUUCUGAAUGGAGUGGGCUAAAUUGUAUAGCGAUUUUUUCUCACAUUGAAAAUGUCGCGAUAUUGUUGCACUAUACGCUUUCAGCGCAUUGGUCCAGUAAUCCUGGCGACAACUAGCCAGGCUCACUAGACAACCAGGUGCAAUGAGUUGGUUGAGAGAGUCCUGGUUACACUCUUGGUGCCGUGCGCCUCAAAUUAGAAGUAAAUGCAUGCAGGUUGGGUAUUAACGACGGCUUUCCGGAUUUCCAGUCCGGACAGGGCGUCGAAUGCAUUCAAUGAACGUCUUUUGUGUAGCAUACAUCCUGGUUGUGUGACUCGUAUUUUGAACGUGCCAAAGCUGAGUGUGUCGCAAUAAAAAGUUCAAUGAAUUGUUA